AGACUGUAGAAUUGUAGAUGUAGCUUGUCUCUUGCUAUGCUACUUAGUAAGUAGCAUGGCAGGGGACGAGUAGAGUACUAAAAGAAAUAAAAAAACAUUGCUGCCUACACCCCGAAAAUGAUUCUUAAGUCACAAAAUGAUUUUUAAUUUUAAAAUGAUAUAGAUUUUAUUCAACGUUAGUUAUCGGUCCGGGGCAUUCUAAACUUCAAGAAUGAUUGUUUGGUUAUGCCUUUUGCCGCUAUGGUACAUAUCACGACAACCAACUUCCCGUCCUUCCCAACCACUCUUUUGGCAUACGUUUAGAAGACCUUUCACUAACAACUUGGAAGGAGACUAUAAGGAUUCGGCAAUCAAACAGAAUAAACAAAAAAAGAAGGUUCAGAUUUAUCCGAGGACUUGUUGGCUUCUAAAAUACGUACAACGAGUCUUAGGAUUCGAGACUCCCCUGGAGUAACCAGCAGUUCGACCUGCGUCAAUUUUAUGUAUGAUGCAAGUAAGCAAACAUGGCAUGUACAGCCACCGCGAUCUUGGCCAGCCAAGCAGCCAGGCUACGGUACUGCGACUGUAUAGAACAAGUUUUCCAAAGACUCAACCGGUGGGAUAUAGUCCGAGAAGAUGUGUAGGUGUGUAUGAUGGCAAGAGAGCUAACCAUUAGUGCCGUCUCUUUACGAGAAGAAAAACACAACACCACUUGUUCUAGAGGAUUCUGGUGGCUUUUUAUCUUUAUUCCAAGAUGGGACGAACAUCUACAGAAUAUCCGGGAUCGGCUGGCCAACCGAGAUCUCGCUUCAUCUGCUACGUAGCAUCUCGAGGACUGUAAGGAGAUUGUUCAACAGAAUAAGAUUCUCGGGACUGUCACGGGAACUACUGUACGGGUCGCAUGGAAGACCGUGAACGCUAUCGGCUGGGUUCUCUUUUAUAUCCUAAUAUCGUAUUCCAAGGGAAAUUAGGGGGUUCUAAUUUUGGUCACUUUUACUGCGCUAACGCCGUUCUGGAAAGUCUGCAUGGGCUUCUCUAAUAGCCAAUCAUUCUCAACACCAUUCCGACUUGGGCAGUUGGGUAACAGUACAUUCGGCGUUACGACCAACUUACCAGCGGUUGGGACAAUUGGUAGACGGCAAAGUCUGCAAGUUGGCAUGCAACCCCUCGCAUGAUCUGCACCAAUGCUAGUCGAGCAUUAGAGCAUCGGUCUUCGGUAGCGUUCGGUACC